CGUCUUCCUCUCCGCCGAAGCCGAAGAGAUCAUCGAUUACCCUUCUCCGAAGAAGCCGAAGCGUUACAGGAAUUUGCAAAGAUGAGGAUUAUUCAUCGGUUACCCUUCUACGUCGAAGCCGAAGUGUUACAGAAAUUUGCACAGAUUACUAUUUCUUCAGAAUUUCCGCAUUCAUCUCCAAAGAUUUCUGCAUUUGGGCAUUCAGUAAUCAGUAAGGGUUUGGAGGUACGCGGAGGAGCUCGAACGGUGCUACCGCAGCUGAGGAACAGGGAUAUUAGGACUGUUCUUGAUAUCGUGCGGGUGUAUUCAUGCUUCAUUGCCACGUAGCGAAAGGCAGAGAAAGUAAUUAUCAGUAAAGGUCUGCAGCUUAGAGUUAAUAGAAGGAGACACUAUUGUUAUGGGUUCUGAUGGACUUUUUGAUAAUGUAUUUGAUCAAGAAAUUGUUUCCAUCAUUUACAGGAUCGACGAUGUGACACCAGCUGCCAAGGCAUUAGCUGAUCUAGCAAGCAGUCAUUCAACCGAUACAGACUUUGAUUCACCCUAUAUUAUCGAAGCAAGGAGUAGGGGGUUUGAUGUUCCCUUGUGGAAGAAAAUUCUUGGAAAGAAACUAACAGGUGGUAAGCCAGAUGAUAUCACUGUGAUAGUGGGGAGAGUUGUAUCUUUGCCAAAUGAUUCAAGAGCAUAAAAGCACUGCUAUCAGCAAAAUUCAUAGAUCAAGUCUAACGCCCCUUUGAUGAAUGACCCAUAAUGAUGUAUUAUAUUUACCACACAAAGCUCCACAUAGAGAGUUUCUCCAUUGAGUAUAAAUUCAGAUCUUUUCUCGAGAGUGUUUUAGUAAACACAUUUUUAUUUUGUCUUAUUUUUCCAGCAUUAGCCAUGUAAUCUAAAGAAAGGUCAAGUAUGUAU